AUGCGUAGAUUCUAUCACAUAUUCGAGUGUUUUCUCAGCAAACGCCAAUUCGUCUUCGCAUCUUCUUCCCAAUUCAAGUCUCGGUUUGAUCUGAUUCACAGAAAUUUUCACGUUUCUAGAGUUCUCGAAGAUAAUUUCCGGAGAAGCAACGGGAUCGGCUUAGUUUGUCUCGAGAAGAGCCACAGCGAGCGUACGAAAACCUCCAAGUACGAUGAAUUCGCGAGUGACGUCGAGAAAGCAUACAGAAUUCUGCGGAAAUUUCACUCGAGGGUCCCGAAGUUGGAACUCGCGCUUGACGAAUCGGGCGUUGAGCUCAGACCCGGGUUAAUCGAACGGGUACUGAAUCGUUGCGGGGAUGCCGGGAAUCUAGGUUACAGAUUCUUCGUGUGGGCGGCGAAGCGACCUGGGUAUUGCCACAGCUACGAAGUGUACAGAUCGAUGGUGAAGAUUCUAAGCAAAAUGCGGCAAUUCGAAGCCGUCUGGGGUUUAAUCGAAGAGAUGAGGAAGGAGAAUCCGCAGUUGAUUGAGCCGGAAUUGUUUGUGGUUCUGGUGCGGAGAUUCGCGUCUGCGGUUAUGGUGAAGAAAGCCGUUGAAGUGCUCGACGAAAUGCAUAAGCUCGGUUCAGCGCCGGACGAGUACGUGUUUGGGUGUUUGCUCGACGCGUUGUGUAAAAACGGCAGCGUUAAGGACGCUGCAAAGCUUUUCGAGGACAUGAGAGUUCGAUUUCCGAGAAAUCUCAGGUAUUUUACUUGCUUGUUGUGUGGUUGGUGCAGGGAAGGGAAGAUGAUGGAAGCUAAACAUGUUUUGGUUCAGAUGAAGGAAGCUGGAUUUGAGCCAGACGUCGUUGAUUACACCAACUUGCUAAGCGGGUAUGCUCAUGCGGGUAAAAUGGCAGAUGCUUAUGAUCUAAUGAAAGAUAUGAGAAGGAGAGGGUUUGAGCCAAACGCGAAUUGUUACACUGUUUUGAUCCAGGCGCUGUGUAAGGUAGAUAGAAUGGAGGAAGCGAUGAGCGUUUUCGUUGAGAUGGAGAGGUAUGAGUGUGAGGCUGAUGCUGUGACUUACACUGCGUUGGUUAGUGGGUUUUGCAAAUGGGGAAAGAUGGAUAAGUGUUAUCAUGUGUUAGAUGAUAUGAUGAAGAAAGGUCUCGUGCCGUCUCAGUUGACUUAUAUGCAUAUCAUGGUGGCUCAUGAGAAGAAGGAAAAGUAUGAAGAGUGUUUGGAGCUGAUGGUGAAGAUGAAGCAGUUAGGCUAUCGUCUUGAUCUUGACAUUUACAAUGUGGUCAUCAGAUUGGCUUGUAAAUUGGGAGAAGUGAAAGAAGCUGUUCGGUUAUGGAAGGAAAUGGAAGCAAACGGGUUGGUUCCUGAAGUAGAUACGUUUGUUAUCAUGAUCAGUGCUUUAACAAGCCAAGGUUGUUUACUCGAAGCCUGCGAUCACUUUAAAGAAAUGGUAACUCGAGGACUAUUCUCUGUUCCUCAAUACGGAACUCUGAAGUCAUUAGUGAGUAGUCUUUUAAGAGAUGGGAAGCUUGAAAUGGGUGAAGAUGUUUGGAGAUGCAUCAUCACAAGUAAAGAGGUGAAUGUAUCGACUUGGACGAUAUGGGUCCAUGCCUUGUUCUCGAAAGGUUUUGUGAAGGAGGCGUGUGCUUAUUGUCUUGAAAUGAUGGAGAUGGAGUUUAUGCCACAACCGGACACAUUUGCUAAGCUUAUGAAGGGUGUAAAGAAACUGUACAAUAAGGAAUUCGCUGUAGAGAUUACGGACAAAGUGAGGAAUAUGGCAGCUGAGAGAGAGGUGAGUUUUAAGAUGUAUAAGAGGAGAGGAGUGGAGAGUUUGAGUGAGAAAGCUAAAGCUAAGAAAGAUAGAGAAGGGAAGAAGAAGCGGAGGACGACUCCAUAA